AUGGUAUCGAGUGCAUUGGAUCAAUAUCUCGCAGAAAACGGCAACGGUGAAACGUUCGACAGCGUCCUUGCCAAACCGCCAAUCAAGGAACCCGCCCAGUUCGAUGGCUCGCAUCCCUUGACUGAUUAUUUCAUAUCCUCGAGCCAUAAUACGUAUCUCCUUGCGAAUCAACUCUAUGGAGCGGCCUCUGCUCAGGCAUAUACCACCGGUAUGUCCCAAUCUCCGCCUAUCGAUCCAAGGAUCGUCGACGCUUCGCUUUCGAUUCUUAUACCUGAUUCCGUGAUUCGAACUGAAACGAAUCCAGCUUUACAUGGCUUGGCCGCCAGAUCACCCGCCAAAUGCGUCGAAAUCGACGUGUGGCAUACCAAGAAAAAGGGGCUCAUUAUCACUCAUGGACAUACCUUGACAGGAAGUAUCCCGUUCAAGGAAGCGGUAGAAGCUAUCGGCAACUCAGUUGGAGACACCGAUCUCCCAGUCUUCAUCAGUCUGGAAUGUCACGUCGAGGCUCAGGAUCAACCCGAGCUUGUGAACAUCUUGAAAGGCGUCUUAGGAAACAAGCUUGUCACUGCAAAGUUGGAGCAUCUGGAAGGAAAGGUGACCCCCGACGACCUACGCGGACGAGUCGUGUUGAUGGUCGAAUGGUACCCUCCUCCUGGAGAUGCGGCAGAGGCUAUCAUCAAACCGGAUGAGGAUACGUCCUCUUCGAGCUCGGAGAGUGACGAUGACGACGAGGACGUCAAGGAAAUGCAACAGUUUAAAAAGACGCACACUGGUGGUGUCGCGAAGAUCAGUGCACCACUCGAGGCCCUUGGAUUUUAUGCAAACAGCAUCAAGCCAAAAGAUGGCUGGCUCGAGAGAAAGAUUAUCAAUCCCCUUCAUGUUCUAAUCAACAUUUCCGAGAGUGCUCUUCUUUCUCUGCUCAAGAUACCCGAGAACCAUGCAAGGCUGGCGGAACACGGGCAGCAUCAUCUUCGCCGAUGCUAUCCCAAGGGACUCCGCGUCAAGUCUGGCAACCUCAAUCCGCUACCCUUCUGGGCUUGUGGCACGCAUGUAGUUGGGAUCAACAUGCAAAAGUGGGACAAAGGUCAUCAUCUCAACGCUGCCCUGUUCCGGGAUACUCAAGGCUACGUGCUAAAGCCCGAGAGUCUCCGUGGAGGGCCAAAGAGAACAGGAAAAUGCCAUCUCAAGCUUACUGUCAUCGGCGGGGAUGAUAUCCCUCACGGCGAACAAGCCAAGACUCGCUCAAUCUAUGUCGUCGCAGAAUUGCACACUCCCAGCGGCAAGGAUCAGAAAUGGAAGAGCAAGACCAUCAAGGACCAUGAUGGAGAUCCAAUGUUCAAUCAAGGCUUUGAAUGGACCUUUGACAAUGAAGACCUGAUCUUCAUUAGGCUCGAGCUCAAGAAGGACGAAUGGGGAUUUGACGACAUCAUCGCAUCGUAUACGGCUCAAGUCGAUCGACUUGCAAAUGGUCUGCAUUUCUGGCCCAUGUUUGAUCAGGAGAAGGGGAUGCCGAGUGUUGGCCGGCUGUUAGUCAACGUCGAGUAUAUUGCUGACGAGUCCGUAUCCCUCGACGGCGUGGAAUUUAGCUCUUUGCCAAGUGGGAUUCAUGGAGUGGAAAAGGAUGUAAUUUAUCUGACUACGGGCGUCUACCAAGGCUGCUGCGUCUAUCGUCGAAUUCCUUCAGACGAGGAGGGGACGAGGGGCGCACGAAUGAUUUCUAUAGGCGUACUCGUCGCCCAAUCUACUCGCCCGCGGCCCUGGAAUCACAUCGACGCGUUGAAGCGCUUUGCCGUUCGUUUGGAAGAUGAUUUGAAAGAAAGAGAGUGCUUGAAAGAAUACUUCGAGGAGAGAAAGGUAUUAAACUUGGAUCUACCAGAGGAAGAAACCUGGAAUGGUUGGGAGGCUGAGCUAUCCAGAGCGACGAUGGAUCACCCAGCGUUUCAUCUGUCGCACGUCCUGCAUGUCCUAGGCAUUUCGUCCUUGACCCUCUUCAAGCAUGCCCUGGGUCGCCGAAGAAUACUUAUUUACACUCACCCUCCUGUCGAGUCCGCAUGCCUACUUGCACAAUUGGCGGCUGUGAUUUCUACUGGGGAAGAAGGCAUCAUAGGCGUGCAUGAGAGGCGGAUCACAGUAUUAGGAUUAGUUGGCCUUACCGACCUUGCAAGAAUAGAGCAAGAGACUGCUCGUGGCAAUGGUUGGAUUGCUUGCACUACCGAUGCCAUUUUCUUGGAGAAACCUAAAACGUAUGAUCUCUUGAUUGAUUUAAUGAACCCUGCACAACUCCGCCCACAUCGGCCGUCUCUUUCCAUCUCGCGAGCGGUCGAAGGCAGUGGUCCUCCGAGCUACAAGCUACAAUCCGUCCGCUUCACCUGGUCCGACUUCAAGUUGUGGACAGAACUGGAAACGAUUCUUGAAUCUGAUCCAGAUCAUUCCCAUCCAUUCGAAGCUCCUGGAUCUGCAAAGGCAAGAUGGUCCGACCCUUGGAGUGUCUAUGACGAUAUUUGCAUGGUUUGCGCUGGAAUAUGGGCAGGCUGGAAGCCAACACCUUCAAUCAAACUUGAAGAUAGCCCUAGACAGCGUCCGAGUCGCUCGUCGUCGCAAAGUACCGGCAUCACAGCCAACACUAGCCAAUCGGGAACACAGAUGAGGCCCUCGGCGGAUAUGAAAAAGUCGAGACGUUCUUCGGUCGAUCCACGACUAGGAACACUCUCGAGCACCCCGACCACAAACCACACGGUCACGACGCUUAGCCUUUUGUCGGCAUUUCACAAUCAUACAGCCUUCCUCCUCUCUCGACUCGCCCAGGUGGCACCAUCGAACGCCGACGCAUCAUCGUUGUCCUCAAAUCCCAUUAUCAUCGGGCCGAGAGAGAUGGUGGCAUUCGAUUUGGGUCCCGGGAGCGAUCUCGAUGCGAGAUUCGUGGAGUGGCUGGGUGAAACGCGAGGUCAGCGUCUCAAGGUCAAACGGGGUUGGAAGGAUAUCAUCAGUUUCUUUUUGGGGUUCACUUGA